AUGGUGCUCGCGGAGGAGGCGCCCGCGAUGGCCGACCGCAUCAAGCAGUCGUUCCGGCAGGCCGACAGGACGGGCUCCGGGCGCGUCGGCAGGGCCACGAUGGCCAGGGUGCUCCGCGAGGUGGGGGGCUGGUCCCAGGAGGACGCAGACGAGCUGCUUGAUGCCUUGGACUCGACGCGGGAGGCGCCCCUCAGGUACGCCGAGUUCGUGGACUGGAUCAUGGAGGCGUGCGAGCCGCAGGCGGGCCAGGAGAACGACCCCGACUCCGACGGAGAGGAGGAGGCCGGGCUCGCAUCGGGGGCGGUAGCUGCAGAGGCGUCGCUGGACCUCAGCCAGCCGGUCUCCUGCCAAGAGUUCGAGUCGCUCGCCCGGCUCCUGGAGCAGGAUGCCCUCGAGGCCAGGGCGGCGUACGCACACGAGGAGGUCCACGGUGGCGGCGGGGUGCCGCUGCGCAGGCUCCUGGACUCGCUGCAGGUGGACUUCGCCGAUGCCGAGGCCCUGUCCAACCUGGAGCGCUGCCUCCAGGAAGCACGCAGCAGCGUUGCUGAUGGUGGCGUUGCCGCCGGUAGCUUGGCGAGGGACACUCCCGAGGAGAUCGGCGUAGGCACGAAGACCUUGAUGCAGGCAGUGGACAAGAUCGUCCGCGUGCUCAGCCCGAGCGCCAUCGACCCAGAAGAUCGCCCAGCCGAGGACGCCUGGAGCGUGAUCGCGGAGAACAAGGUGCCCUUCUCGAAGGCUGGCAGGGCUGCCGUCGACGCUUUCGAGGGCGACAGGAGGGGCGAGCUGGUGGAGCUCGUGAGGGCCGCCAUGGUGAGUCCGCCGCUGUUGCCCUCCACCGCGGGCCAGGUUGCCAACCGGGAGCGCUGCAUCGACGAAGUGGAUGCCAUCAGCAGGAGAUGUAGGGAACAAGGCAUCGGGUUCACCGACCCAGAAUGGGAUCUUACCAAGGAGGCGAACCUCGCCUUGUAUGUAGAUGGUGAGGCGCCGGGCUACGACUGCACAGUCGGCGUGCCCGCAGACUACAAACGGCUUACAGAGAUCAUCUCCGAACCCAAGCUCUUUAAAGGCGGAACGAAAGCGGGCGACAUUAUCCAAGGCCAGAUCGGCACGUGCUACCUGCUAGGUGCCAUGGGAGCCGUGGCUGGGAACUCCGACUGCGCGCUCAGCAAUGUCUUCAUCAGGUAUGAUAUAGAUGUCGGUGUCUAUGGCGUCCGCUUUUGCUUGGAUGGCGAGUGGACGUACACAAUCAUUGAUGAUUACAUGCCUGUGGACAGCGAGGGGCGAUUAUUAUACGCGAAGUCCCGGGACAAAGACGAGGUUUGGUGCCCGCUGUUGGAGAAGGCUUUCUGUAAGCAUCACAAGUGCUACGAAAUGUGCGACGGAGGCCGUGCAAACGAGGCUGUGUUCAGCCUCUUCGGGGGCGUUGCGGGGAAACUUGCCAUCCAGCCCAGUCACAAGGAGUGCCCCGACACCUUCUUCAAGGCGUUGAGCUGCGCUCGGUCGAGAGGGUGGCUGCUGACCACGUCGUUCACGAAGACCCAGGGCAGCCGCUCGCAGGGCAAGUGCGGGGAGGCGGUGCUGCCAACAGGGCUCGUCGGCGGCCACGUCUACUCGGUGCUCCGCCUGGUCGAGGCCCACGGACACCAGCUCGUCUGCUGCCGCAACCCGUGGGGCGGAGGCGAGUGGACCGGCAUGUGGUCCGACGGUAACAAGAGUGGCGAGUGGACCCCCGAGAUGAAGCAGGCCGUUGGAUUCGUCGAGGCGAACGACGGCACGUUCUGGAUGAGCAUCGAGGAUUUCGUGAGCACAUCUGGGGGGGUCGAGUACGCCAGGACCUUCGGCCCAGCGUGGAAGAAGCUCACGCAGUACAAGCGGUUCCAGAGGGGCUCUGCGACGGCCACCGCCAUGUGGGACUACAAGGCCCGGGAAGACAACGAGAUAUCUUUGGCCAAGGGCAGCCAGGUAGAGGUGACACAGAUGUCUCCUGGCUGGUGGACUGGAAAGGUGGUGGGCAGCACCACGGCCGCAGGAUUCUUCCCGGCCAACUUCGUCAAGCUGAACGACCGGCCUUUGGCCCGCUUUGAUCUCGUCGGCAAGCCCACGGAGGACGCCACCCAGGGCAUGGACGCUGUGGUCAUGCUGAUGCAGCCGAACUCGAGGAUGGCCCGCCGGUUCUACACGCGGAAGGAGGACGGGCUGAAGUACAAGGACGUCUCGUACGACGACAUGCAGCUGAUCGUGGUGGGCCCAGACGGGAAGGUGGCGCUGCGGCGCAGGGGCCGGCGGCGGUGCCUGUGGGGAGAGCUGCGCCUGCCCGGGGGCGGCCUCUGGAGGGCCUACGCGCUCUCCCUGGACGGCAGGGGUGGCCUGUUCUCCUUGCGCGCCUACGUCAAGGGCGGCACCGCCACGCUCACGGCGCUCGGAGGAGAUAGCUGGGGCGAGCAUCACGGAGCUCCCGUUGUGAUCAGCGGCAUCGUUACGGCCGCCACCGAGCGCUGGGAGGCGCUCCGCGGCGCCCCGGCGGCCGCACUGGGCGCCCUGGAGGCGGCGGCUGCCGCCGCGGAGGAGGCCUCGGCGGCCACGGCGGAGGCCGGCAUGGCCGAGGCUGCCCAUUGCGAGGAGCAGGCGGACGCGGCCUUCGCGCGCCACCGGCAGGCUCUGGAGGCGCAGGCCGCCCCGCUGUCGGAGCUCUCGCGGCUGCCGGCCUCCUGCCGCGAGGCGCUGUCGGCGGCGCCGCUGGCCGCCUUCCAGGAGGAGGGCAUCCUCGAGGACGAGGCCGCAGAGAUCGGCGAGGCCGUCACCCGCCCGCCCCGCGCGGCCGCGGCUCGGUUCAAGGAGAUAUCGCCUUAG